UUUCAGAUGGGUAACUUAUUUUCAAGGAACAAAUCGCCUGCCACAGAGCUUGAGCGAGUUGCUCUUUCAAUUGAUGAUCUGAAAAAGAGGCUUCAGACAAUUUCAUCCAGUAACACAAACACAUUGUACUACUACUACAUGAGCAUCGUCGUGAUUCUGAGCAUUGCCAUGGCUCACACAUGGCUGAGAUUCGAAGAUCCGCAGAAAACGUAUGUGGCGUGUGCUCUGAUGUUGGGAGCAAUUGGUAUUGUUCUUGCUGGUCGCUACGUGAUUAACGGAUUUUUCUCGUGGAGGACAAACCGUACCACUCAAAAACUUGAAAAUGCGAUUUCACAGAAGACUACAUUGCUGGAUCUUGUUAAAGAAACUCUGAAGUUUAAGGAAGCCAAGGAGAUAUUGGACCGAUAUGAGAAGAUCGAACAGAAUACGACAAUUGACAAAAAUGAUUCAACACUCAAAUCGCCAUCGCCUAUCAAGAAGCUUACUGCUGACUCGUCAAUGUUUGCAACUCCGAAGCAAGAGCAAAAAAGAGUUGAAACUCCAACGGCGCAAGGUCCGAACUCUGCCAUGAACUCGAUGAACAUGACCCCUUAUCACCAGCGGAACAGAAAUGCUGUCCCAAUUCGUCCAUUCCUUCGCCAGACAACUGCCUUUGACAGAGUGCUUGACUAUUUUAUGUCCGAUGGACCUAACUGCAGAAACGCUUUGAUUUGCUCCAUUUGUCAUACACAUAAUGGAAUGUCAACUCCGGCCGAGUAUCCAUAUAUAUCCUUCCGGUGCUUCGAAUGCGGACAUCUUAAUCCGGCCAAGAAAAUGGGAUAUAUUUUCAGACCACAAAUUCCGUUGACUCGUCCGCCGAUGGGUCCAAAGGGCAUUCAACACAAUGGAAGAGUUGGUCCGUCUGAAAAUACUCACAAUAUGAUGGAGAAUCAGAAGCCGUCAACUGACCUAACCCCAUCUGCCAGUCAAAAUGGAUCUGAAAAAGGAUCAGACUCGGAAAAUGAGAAGGUCCCGGAGUCCAAGACAAUGGAAACUGAAUUCCAUUAAAAGCCAAUCAUACAACUUGUAGACUAAACAUGUUCCGGGUUUCUUUUUUGUUAUUAUUCAAAUUUUCCACUCGUCUCCAAAAAACGCGUUUCUUAAAUUAUUCGUUAACUCAUUUUUUCAAAGCAAAAUAGUUGUUUUUGCAGCCUCCGUUCUCUGGUAUCUGUACUAUUGUUGUGAAGAUCAUUCGAAAUUUCUGUUCGACCUUGCCAAAUACUUUAACAUUUUUGUUUUGAUCUAAUGAACUUUGCGGGCUCUU